AUGCAGAAGGAGUUCGACGAUCGAGGAGUCCAGGUGCUGGGCCUCUCAAUCGAUACGGAGCACGUUCACAAGGCGUGGAAGAACACGCCGCAGGACAAGGGUGGCAUUGGGCCCAUGUCUCACCCUUUGCUGGCAGACGUCAAGAAGGAGGUCAGUGACGCCUACGGAUGUCUCUUGGACAACGGCUUGGCGUUGCGAGCAGUCUACAUCAUCGACAAGGAGGGCAUCGUGCGAUCAGAGAUGAAGAAUGACCUCCCUCUAGGACGAAACGUAGAGGACGGGCCUGUUUAG